CAGGUCCACAGCUUAUUUUCAAAAAAGUCUAAAUUGCCCUGCCUGAACUUCUCCUUUUUUCUCUCGCUCGCGCGCGCGUUCAACCUCCCCUUCACCACACUUCUGCCCAUCUUCUCUUUAAAUCGGUGUGCCUUCAGCUGUGUUCCGCUAUUGUCGCCGUCUCAGGACCUGUAACCAUGCGUGCUCUUGCCCUCCUCCUCCUGUGCAUCUUUGGAUCCACGCUGGUUUCAUUGACCGUGGCCAACUAUGGAAUUGGUCCAGAUAGUUGCUGUUUCGAUUAUUACGAAAGAAAGGUGCAAUUCACUAAAAUCCGAAACUACGAGUUCACGGAUGGACGCUGUUCAAAGCCCGCCGUUAUUUUGCAGACCAUAGGCAAUGUCCGGAUCUGCGUGGACCCUGAAGCCGCCUGGGUCCAGAGUGCGAUGACACGACUGGAUCAGCGCAACUUCUAACUUCCGCUGUUAAUGGAACCUGCUGGAAAUCAGCUUUAUACUGAGUCAGGCCCGCUUUAAAUUGUAACGUUGUUAACUUUAAUACUUUCCUGUAUAAUAAAAAAUACACGAUGGA